AUGCUUCCGCGUUUGCUUCCGUCCAGCGCCACCGAUGUCGAGUCCGACUCCGACUCGCUUGCCUCCCCGCUUGAUGCGCCGAUUGCCCAUUGGCCGACGCAGGGCCCUUACCUGGCUACGGUGCAGGCUCCUGGGCAGUCUCCCGGAGAGCCCCAGACGCUGCCCAACGUCAUUCCAUCCGGCCUCUAUGGGCUUGCCCCGUACCCUGAUGCACAGGACGACAGCCCUCAAUAUUCCGCAGUCUCGGAUUCGGCGGUCAAUCAUCAGAACUGGGACUAUCUGCAGGAGACGGACGUGUCGGACAGCCCGACGUCGGCGGUGUCGGAACCGUUCUUCCCCCAACAUGACCGGGGCGACUAUGUGCACGGCUUUGAAGCGCAGUAUUCCAACGCCGCGACCGAUUACGAAGCUAGCGGGUGCCACUCGGACCAUGCCCAGUACGCGGUAGCCUGCGACAGACGUACUGGUGGUUAUACGGCGUCGGCUGGUGCCGAUAUGCUUCCCGACUAUGCUGUUCAGCAAGGCUCCAUGUCCUCCGGCUGUGACGCUGGCGUCGAUAUGCUUACGAUCAUCCAGCCCAUGAUCGUUCGUCUCCACAUUCGUACCCAGGUCGCGGUCAGAAUUAUCGUUACGAUCACCAUUUCGGUGGCCUCGCGGCUUCGCAUGUGA